AUUUUUUGUAAUAAAUUAGGAUCAAGAUUGUUCUUCAAAAAACAUAACUUUGGUUGAAGAAAUCAAAGAAGUUUUAGGUAUCGAAAAAAAGAUUCCAUUUGAAGAAGAAUUAUCAGUAUUGCCAAUUACAGAGACUAAAAAACAUAUGGAAGUAGUUGUAACGAAAGAUGUCCCUUUAAUAUGUAACAAUCUAGACAAUAAAGAAUUAGAAGUUGAUCCUGUUGAGAAAACUAUUUUAAAAUGCUCACAACUGAAAAAGAUACGAAGAAAACCACCAACAAGAGUCUGCCCUUUUUGUGGUGAGCUGCAUACCAAGUUGAACAGACACAUUUUAAAUAAACACCAAAAAAAUGAAAAAGUUAUUAAUAUAAAAUUAAAUAACAAAAUUACAAAGAAAAAACUUUUCCAGCAAUUCAAAAAAACUGGUAUUAUGUAUUACAACCGAAAACAGCUAUCAGAGAAAAAUCCAACUUAUCUAAGAGAGAGAGUUUCUAAAACAAAUGCUGAACCUGUAAUGUGCACAGGGUGUUAUGGGUUUUAUGCUCGCACAUAUUUUAAAAGACACCAAAAUCAGUGCAGUGAAAAUUCUUGUACCUCUGUAAUCCAUUUACCAAUUACAUCUAUGGAUAAUAAUUGUAUAAAAGACUUAAGUGAAGAUUUUAAAAAAAGUAUAAUUGAAAAACUACGAGAUGAUGAAAUAGGAAAAGUUGUAAAAAACGAUCAAACUAUUUUAAUGAUUGGAUCCUGUCUUUAUAAUAAAAUAAAAAGAAAAAAAGAUAAACAAAAUGAAGUCAGAAGAUCAGUAAGAGCAGAUAUGAGGAGAUUGGCCCAUUUGUAUACAAACUUUAAGAAAUUUGAAAUUAAAUCUGUAUACAACAACGCAACAGACAUGUUUUUGAGGUUAAAUUUUAGACAUCUAUCUUCAGCUAUUUCAAAUUAUACUUCAUCUGAAAAUGAAGAACAAAAAUCAGGACUAAAACAUGCUUUAUGCUACUUGAUAUUAAAUGCAGCUGAAAAACUUGUUGGACAUUUCUUAGCUCAAGAUAAUGACAAAGUAGCAGAUGAUAUUUGCAAUUUUUUAAAACUUUUUAAACUAGAAAAAGACAACAUAUUUGCAGAUGCAAAUUAUGAUCUAGUUUCAAGAAGAAAUAGAAAACUUAAAAAACCAGUUAACCUGCCAGUUGAAAGUGACAUAGAACUUCUGAGAAAUUACACAAUAGAAACAAUUAAAAAAAUUGUUAACAACAAAACUAUAUUGUGGGAUUUGCAUUACUUUGUGUUGUUAAGAAAUUGCACAGUUACAAGGUUGACAAUAUUUAAUGCAAGAAGGGGUGGUGAGCCUGCAAGAUUGCUUCUAAGUGAUUGGAAGGAUGCUGAUGAAGAGGUGUGGUUAGAUCAACAAAGGAACAAUUGUGAUAGCACUAGCAAGACCAAAAUUGCUUAUCAAAUUGGAAAGGGAAACAGGGAUGUUUCAAUUUUUAUUCCUCUAGACACAAUAGAGGCAAUGCGAAUUUUAUCUGACAUUAAAAUUCGAGGGAAUGUUGGAAUAAAUCUUGAAAACCCAUACGUUUUUGCAAGUGGGAAAAAUUCGGAUAGCCAUUGCUCUGGAUGGCAUGCACUUACUAGUGUUUGUCAAAAUCUACCCCUUGAAAACAAAAAAAGGCUUACUGCAACCACAAACAGACACAGAAUUAGUACUUUAUUGGCUUCUGUUUCUAUGACAGAUAGUGAAAGAAACUUGUUUUAUGACCAUAUGGGUCAUAGUGAAGCCAUAAACAAACACAUAUAUCAAGCACCACCUGCAAUAAUGCAGCUUGCAAAAACUGGAUUAAGAUUGUCGAACCUUGAUAAAGGUCAACUAUGUGCAAGCCCAGCUAAAUUUGCUAAAAUAGAUCAUAUGCAACCUAUUAACAACUAUGAAAAUGAUUACAGGGAUGAAUUGUUAUAUGAGUCAGAUAACUCAAAAUGUGAGGCUGAAAACAAGAAAGGUUUUCAGUUUUCAACUUCAGAUAAAAAUGCUAAAAAUGAACUAGUGCAAUCCAAUUCAAAUUUUGAAAGUAAAGAAAAAAAUAGGCUAUAUUGUCGCUGGACAGUUGAUUAUGAAACCAUGUUUGUUGAAUGGUUUGAAAAAUACUUAGACAAAGAUGCAGGAUGGCCAGAUCGCAAAUAUAUAGAAAAGUUUCAAGAACUUGUUCCAUUUUCGUAUAAAACUAUACGAACAAAAAUAAACAAUGAGAGGAAGAAAUGGUGCAACCUAGUAAAACAUCGAGAAAAAAUUAUGAACAUGUAGAAAUUAAAGACUUUAUACAUUUUUGCACUGCUUAA